CUUGUCUGAGUUGGUGACAUUCAGAAUGAACCAUAUGACCAAGAUGGCUCUUCACGCACUACAGCAUGAGAACAUACUGCCGGUAAAAGAAAUCAUGCACUACUUCCCCAUGACCACCACUCUGAUCUCUGAGCCUCUUGAUGGCAACCCAAAGUCCCUAAUAGAAGUUGCUGCAAGUCCUAGCAUGGAUGAUGUCAAACUUCUCACUUGCCUUGAGCAGGUUGCUGCUGCCAUGGCCUAUCUUCAUUCCAGGAGGAUCAUACACUGUGACCUACAGUGUAGUUACAUUUACAUUAACUCUGAUCACAGUUGCCCAGAGGUGAUGGCAAAAGUUGGUCGCUGGGGAAGAGCAGUCUGUCUGCCACAUGUAGGGACAGAUGACAACCUCUUUGAGCCUUACGUGCGCAAAGUUAUGCCAACUGAUGCAGCCAAGUGGGCUGCCCCAGAAGUGAGAAAUGAUGGGCUCUACUCCCGAGCAUCAGACGUCUUUAGCUUUGGGAUUAUGAUAUGGGAAGCUUUAACAGCACAGUUGACCAACCUGCACAUGUACAAGCCACUGAAACCUUUCCACUCACUGAACAGCAGGGAGGUUCUAAAAUUCACGGAGUUAGGAGGUAUCCCUCAUGAUUUUGGUUUUCCAAACCUCGCCAGACUGAUUGGGUGCAUGAAAGCCUGUUGGAAUCACAACCCCACCAGGAGACCUGCAUUUUCUGCCAUAUUAGAGAUGAUCAAACAGGAAAAACAAGCAGUCAGGGAAUUGGAGGCUGCCAGGCUUGAAGCAGUGCCUUCUCAUGUUGACAUGCAGGACUACGACUCUGUUGACUUGGGGAGCAAAGCCCCUGAGGAGGACUCCUUCAGCCAUAUUUACGACAUGGUUCUAGAGUUAGAUCCUGAUCUCCCACAGGCUGCUGGCAACAUGUUGGACCCUGGCGAUUCCCACCAAGUCCAGCCGUCAGAAGGGAAUGAUCUUUAUUUCUCCAGGCAAGACAAAUGGGGAGAGAUGGUUUAUGAGUUUGAGGCAAAAAGAGGAAUAGACAGGAGCCCAGCAGCUUUCAAGGAGACUGGAUGGUACGGUGAUACUGGCAUUAAGUGGCAUUAAAAAAACAAAGAUGGAAAAAGCAAGAUGUUGGACCUCUGCAAAUCCCUGAUUCAUGGCAGAUGAAAAUCCCAGCAUGGCCAGUACCAGCCAGGAGAGGACACUGGUAUCUCAUAACACUCGGGGGAGCCUGAACACCUCACAAAAUCACUGUUGGGACUGAACAGCAAAAGGACAUCCUCUCUCCUGCAUCCUCCCAUUCUGGUCAGAAAUUAUUAACAAACUAGCCAAGCAGUAGAAGUUGUUAAUUAAUCAAAAUAGCACAGUAUCAGUGUCAUGGUUUAACCCCAGCUGGUAACUAAGCACCACACAGCUGCUCGCUCACUCCCCCCCCAGUGGGAUGGGAGAGAGAAUGGGAAGGGUAAAAGUGAGAAAACUCAUGGGCUGAGGUAAAGACAAGUUUAAUAGGUAAAGCAAAAGCCAUGUGUACAAGCAAAGCAAAACAAGGAAUUCGUUCACCACUUCCCAUUGGCAGGCAGGUGUUCAGCCAUCUCCAGGAAAGCAGGACUGCAUCAUGUGUAAAGGUUACUUGGGAAUACAAACGCCAUCACUCCAAACAUCCCCCCUUUCCUUCUUCUUCCCCCAGCUUUUUGUGCUGAGCAUGACGUUGUAUGGUCUGGAAUAUCCCCCUGGUCAGUUGGGGUCAGCUAUUCCAGCUGUGUCCCCUCCCAUCUUCUUGUGCCCGGCCCCAGCCUCCUUGCUGGUGGGGUGGGGUGAGAAGCAGAAAAGGCCUUGACUUUGUGUAAGCACUGCUCAGCAGUAAUGAAAAAGUCCCUGGAUUUCCAACACUGUUUCCAGCACAAAUCCAAGACAUAGCCCUGUGCUAGCUACUAUGAAGAAAAUUAACUCCAUCCCAGCCAAAACCAGCACAAUCAGUUAACACAGAGGAUUCACCCAGUGGUGUUUUUUUUUUUUUUUGCCACAGAGCACCUACCAGCCUUGCAAUGGGCUGUUUAAUAAUGACACUAUUUCCAAACAUUGUUCCACACUUCUCCUCUGGCAAGGAGAAUGCAUCAGUGGUGGACAGGAACCCAGCCACCUCCCAUAAACUAUCUCCUCAACCGUACUGCAAGGACUUCACUUCUGUUCACUUCUAAAAAGCUUUUUUAAUGUUAACAUAUGAGUACGUGACCUUUGGGAAUAAAACUGGAUGAUUUUGUUUACUGAAA